AAGACUGAUUUGAAGCUCAGUAAAAAUUUUCCAGGUAGGACAGAAAAAGGGGUUCUCUGAAGUCUCAAUAAGCUUUGAUCUGUAGAAUUUCCGCUGCUGCUACCUGAUGAUACAGCCAGGUCCUMUUGGAUGGUGCUAUGGAGGGAAUCUCUGAGUACAGCACACUGCAGAUAYGGAUUUAUUGAUGGGAGGGAAGGUGGCACGUAUUUAAGAUACUCAGCUAAAACAGCACACAACUUCCCAGCUCUCCACUCCCUGGGAGAUCACUACAACUCAUCUAAUCUAUGUUAAGCACUAUCGUGCUGCUAAGUCACUCUCAAUUAAAUUGCUCUCUCCAAUAAGUGCUGACCGUUUUAAAACAGUAAAUUCAUUAUUUACACAGUAAAAUGUAUUGAUGUGUAGUCUGAUUUCAGUAAUGCCCUUAAAUCUACAUGAAGAGUACAGCAUCUUCCUACACCAUGCCUACAUUAAUGGGUUACACAACCGUGAUUGCUAAAAUAGAAUUACUUGUUCCUAUUUGAUAUUCAAUUUUAAAACACACAGAUUGUAUUUCAAGGAGUGAAAGGUUUCACAAGCAAAGUGACAGAUUGCACAACAAGUAAAGCGACAGGAGGGUGUAACAUAAAGUCUGUCUUCUACUUUAAAUUCUAUUUACUACUUAUCAAUGUAUGAUAACCAUCAGUUUUGGCCCUGAACAGUUGCCCUGAUGCAAUUCCUCCAUUCUCUUUACAUGGCACACUCCCGAACACGAGACCCAUCUCCCAGGGCGGCACAUACGCAGUCCUUCCUCUGCCUGCUACAGAUCAAGUUGAUAAUUACCAAACACACCAAUUGUUACCAAUUGCAACGAUGGUGGUAGCUGAUAAUUAUCAGAAGAUUGCAACGCUGGACUCUGCGUCGAUUAUGCUCGCUGGACUCCUGCAAAGGAUGACGCUGUAGCCCCGCCGAUGCUGCUGACACCCGGSACCAACCGUGCCGGUGGGAUACAGAGCUGAUAUUCCCGCGUGGCGUCGGCGGGGUGGCACCUCGGAACGCCGGCCGCUGCACUACAGAUCCCAGGGUGCAGCGCGCCCGCGCCCCGACCCGCCRAUGCUCGGGCCGCGCGGAGCCCUCCGGGGCUUGUAGUCUGCAGGGCCGGGCGGGCGGGGGCUCUGCCGGCGCGGCUCCCGCCUGCCGGCGCGGGUCCAGCCGCGCUCCCCCGGAUCCGCCGAGGCGGCGAGGCGGGCACAUCCCGCUGCCUCCCCUCAGGGCUCCCCGCCCAGGAGCCGGGAGCCCGCCGCGCAGGGGGCAGGCGGCGSGGCAGAGCGGCGGCGCUGGCCGGCGGAGCACCAUGCUGGAGUCCAUCUGUGUCACCGAAAAACUUCACUGGCCUAAGACAGAACUUUCUAGGAAAUCAGUCCUGAGUCUGGAAGUAUAUAAACUGAAUAUUAAUAAUGAAAACAGUCUCCAGCAUCCUCCUUCUGGGAUCCUUAAGGACAUUUUCACAACAGGAACCAGCAGCUACAACGUCCUUCUACAGAGCAAAGAGGAGAAGAAACACCACGCUCAGAAGCAGCCAUCCGCCCAUCACAAGAAGCACAGGAAAGCCACCAAAUGCGGCUCCACAUCGCGGGGCAGCGAGCACCGCAAGGUGAAGGUGAGCGGUGGAUGGUGCUGCGGGGGCAGAGUGUCCCCCAUCCUCCCGGGCAGCACCGGCAGCAGGAGCGCUCUGCCCGCGGGGAGCACCGCGGGACCRCCACCCCGACCCAGGAGCAGGAACAAACGGCACCCCAACCUCACAAAGCCAAAACAGCCCCAGGCUGCAAAGAGCCAUACCAAGGAAGGCGAUGCAUCUGGCCAAAAACUCUGUUUAUUGACUGCCAUCAAGCCCUCCAAUGUGGAGAAGGAGAAAGUGAAAUUCUUCGACUCGGAUUUUACGUACAAUCCUCAGUUUGAGUAUGAGAACCCUGCUCUGCCAAAUGUGUUAGCUAAGCACAGCCAUGCGUCUGACAGAUUUCUUAAGCAGUCCAUUAAUAUCAUGAAGCGGACGUUGCAGAAAUAUGGAAGCUAUGAAAAAUUUGAACAGGCCACUGGAGGCAGCUUGCUGACCAAAAGUCGGAUCUGGAAUCACGUCAGGAAGUACAUGGUGAAGGAAGGCUGCCUUGGUGAGAUUGUGGUCCAUCUGACAGAGGACCUGCUGUCCCGAGCCUCCAUGACSGUGGUGAACGGCCGCCCCACUCUCACCAUCAAUGUCUCCACUGCACGAGAGCACUGGCUGGAGGGGAUGCUGAGACACGAGAUUGGAACUCAUUAUUUCCGGGGUUUUAACAACAACAGCCAGCCUUGGUGCAACCGGAAUGGACGUAGAAAACACGGGUUAAAACCAAUCAACCCUACAGAAGAGGGGCUGGCGAGCAUCCACAGYGUCCUGUUCCGAAAAGACCCUUUUCUUUGGAGAGCUGCCCUGCUCUACUACACAGUGUACCAGGCCAGCCAAAUGUCCUUCAGUCAGCUUUUCCAGGAUGUGGGGAAAUUUGUCAAGGACCCCAAUACUAGGUGGGAUUACUGCGUGCGGGCCAAGAGAGGGUGGACAGACACUUCACAACCAGGCUGUUUCAAUAAGGACCAGGUGUACUUGGAUGGCAUCCUCCGAAUCCUGAGAUACAGGGAGUCCAUUGAUUUCCAUCUUCUGACAGCCCUUGGAAAGAUCUCAUACGAGGAUGUGGAUCGCCUGAAAGGAUUAGCUGUGAUUGAGAACAUGAGGGUGCCACACUUUUUGCAAGACCAUGCCCGGUACAUGGAACAUUUGAAAAAAAUCAUGGAAGUCAAUGAACUGACGGACGAGGAGCUCCAGGAUCUCAUAAAUUAAUAAUAUUAGAACAUCAUUCACUUACUGUGUGACGAUGUAGAGCUGGACUUCCCAGAGCUUGCAAAGAGGGACUUAUGAGGAAUGGGAGGGAAGAGUGGCCARAAUAUGCUGAAUUCAGAAAAAGCCCCUUUAUGUCCUUUUGCAUUGUGAUUGUAUAUUGCUUACUUUUUAAAGGGAUUGUGCAUUUUUGUAAAAUUUGGCUUAGAAAUUCCUCUGCAGUGGAUCUGUCUGAUCAUCUACUCUGUUUUGUAUGCUUGGUAUAGUGCUUGGUGCUGUCUCUUGUAAUAUAUUGCCUCUUCCCACCCAGGUUUAGAGGUGGGGGAAAGGAGAAAGAGGAGAAAAUUCCUCCUUAGUUCACUUUUGUUUGCCUUAUCUUUGGUCAUAGCUGUCACGGUUCAUAGUGAUAGAACUGCUGUAGAUUAUGCUGMGUUGCUGUCUGCAUAACUUCCCCAUUUAGUCAUCAUUGCAAUGAAAACAGAAAGUUUAAAAACAGUGCACAGAAGCAGGUCUUUGUGCCACAGGAUUCAAGUCCAUAACAACACAAAAAGUUUCAGGGUGUUUUUUUAGUGAGAGAAUUAGCUUUUUUUAAAAAUGAGGAAAAAAGGAAGGUAUUGCUGUUUCAAUGACUGUAAGAGGGUAGCAAAGCUUUCCCCUUCAUUCCCUCAAAAAGUUACUCYGUUCCACAUCCUUAUGUGUAUAGUACAUGUUUCAGGAAGCUGAAUUCUGGAAAGGGCCUCGCUCCUUUGAGGACAAGCCUAGCAUGUCUAGGAAAUUCAGCAUGGCAGUGUUUUGGAAGGAGGAUCGAGCAAAACUGUGAUUUCAUGACCUAUGGUUCUAAAUAAAUUCAGGAACACAGGGCCACGAUCCAGCACAGCAGGCAACACUCCCUUCUUYGUUGGGUCACCUGAGCCUGCAGAGGAUCAGGUCACAUUUUUGAGCAGUGUCCCCACCCUACAGCAAGCUUGAGCUUGCAGAGCUCGUUUCAAAAACAAGAUGUGACUGGGGGAGAGAAGACAACUCUCAAGUGCCCUAUUCCUGUGUUCCAGCAGAAGUGCUGCACUGCUCUGAAGCAACUUUACCUCUGUUCUAACUGUUGGUGCUAUAUCCAGGACCAAGGAGAGAAAGCCCCUUACAGCAAGGAGCUUUCUCUAGUCACGUGAUAAAUAACUUAGAUGAUGCAGGAGGAUUUGAUGCAUAAACCACAUUUCUUGAUUCCGGAGUAUUAUGGAAUUGUUGAGGCAAAGCAUACAAGUAUUCUGACAAAGGAUUUUGUUUUAGUAGACAACAUUUUACAAGGACUCCUCUGAGCUCCUGGGAAGCAGCUGUGGUCAGAGAGGUUGGGAGGAGCAGUGGGACCUUUGGACAGGGCUUCUGCCCUUUCUUACCCUGCUGCUUUUGCCCACUGCUAACAGGCCUGGYAUGGGAUAAGGGGAGUAGAUUAAGCCAAGGUUUCCUCCACGCCACAUUUGCAUGGACCUGAGACACAGUAUCCUCCCCCACUUAGCCUGUUCUUGAAUGAAACAAAUGGAAUAACUCUCCACCUUAUUUUACACCCAGGACAUUACCAGACAUUACAGCAGAAUCUUGAAAACAUAUUUUCUGAUCCGUAGGAAAAUCUGUGAGGAAAAGCUGCUGGUUGGCUGARAGGUCUGAAGGUUUAGGAAUAAUUCCAUAGAAGCAGCUGCCUUUCAGAUACUAUUACAGGUUGUUUGGAGUGGYUGGAUGCUGCAAAAAAGAAAACGCAUUCAACAGAAUAAAUUUACUAAAUUUAGUUAUUUUCAAGGCAGGGACUGAGAACUGUGCAGCAGCCUUAGUUUUGCGUUCUCAGUAUUGUGCAGGAGCUGAAAGCAUUUCAGCCUCUCUGUGCUGAAAUAAAAGCUGUGUUUUCGCUCUUCCCCACUUCGGGCUGUCUGGUUUGACACUGGUGACUUUGCCUGCCCAGCUUUGUUUCAGAGCUGUGCAGGGCAGACACGGUGUUGCAGCAGCCUGRCAGGAACCAUUUGCAGUCAGUCACACACACAUUCUCCAGGUUUUGGCUCCUUUGCCAGAAACAGCAAGAAAGCCACGUGUGACUGAAGUCAAGCCAAGGAUUACAGCCAAAAACUGUCUUUGGAGUAAACAGGACAGUAAACACUGUUUGAGUCACACCGUGGAAAAAUCUGGCUCAUUUUGCUGACCCUGGGGUUCUCAAAAGGGACUGUCCUUUAAGAAAGGAACAAUUUUGAACUGAUUUUAUUCUGACAGGACAGAUCCCUGCCUUUCUCCUGUGACUUCUACUUAAGCAAAGUGGUUUUCCUCCUCGUGCAGUAGUAGCAUCUUAUAAYCUAAGUGCACGUGCAUAAUGUGUCCUCAAAACCAGGAGGCUGUGCGAGUCACCCUACUUUGCCACAAAAUGCCACCCUGCAGGCCUGACUCUUUUACCACUCUGUAGCCCUAAACUCUAUUACAGGCCUUUUUGCUUUACUUGAAGAUCUGCAUCACCUUAUUUUGCAAAGCAGUAGGUGCCAUUAAACUUCCAUUCUUCAUUGUUCUAGGAACAGAUUUGCCUUGUGCAAAGUUUGGAGUCUGGAAGUGGUCAAUACCGAUAUGUAGCAAUAGGCGAAGCUGUCAGCUUCUGGUUUUGGCAUCAGAAGUGUCAUUCCUCCUUUAUAAAAAUGUUUCAAAUUUUGAAGUGUAGUUUUUUGUAAAUUUUCCCGAGUUUUUGUUUUUCACUGUGGAAAGGGUGGUUACUGAGUCGUGAUACUGAAGUUCUGUGGUAGAGUGUGUGGACAGCAGUGGUGAGCAGUGGUGAGCUCACGUCACUGCGUAUUUUCAUGGUGUCAGUGCUGUGUUGGCAGCCUCUCCUGCUGCCUGGCCUGGUUGUUUUGUUGUGUACCUAUGUCUUGCUACGUUAUUCCUAUACAGAAACCUGGUCGACAUUGGAAAAACCUCCCUGUUUCACCAGACCAAUUUUGAAAAGGMAUUUUAUACAACUUUUACAAAUAAAGACAAAAUAAU